AUGGGCAAUACGGAGAGCAACGUAGCUAGCGGAGUGAAGAAACAGACGGAUGCUUCGUCUAUCUUACUUUACAAAUUGGUCGAUUUAAAAGGUGGUGGUUUAUUAGUGGACAUGAUGAAAAGAGCAACGCAAACUAAACAGUACGCUGAACUAGAUCACGCUCUAAGAACAAAAGUGGAGCCGUAUUUAUACAAUAAGGGUAAAGGUAAAUGGAUCCCGAUUGAAAAGUUGGUGUUGCUACGAAACAAGGAUCGUCCGAAGCAUAAAAUGCUUCCACCAUUAAGGGCUAUGGAAAAUCCGGCCGAUUACGAUAUAGACAAAGAUAUGGGCGACGAAGAAGCGGACGAAACGAAAAUCGAUAAGAGCAAGUACAGAUUGGUCUGCUGGAGCUUGGGCGAAAGAGGAGCAGUCGGGGAGACGAUUUUUCAUUUAUGUAUGUUACACGCGACUACUAUUCACAUCGACCUGGCUAAACGUUUACUACGUUUUUAUCCUAAGCUGAUCAACGACGUUUACAUCAGCGACGAGUAUUACGGCGAGAACGCGUUACACAUCGCUAUAGUGAACGAAGAUCCAGCAUUGGUAAAGUUCCUCCUCGACAGCGGUGCGGACGUGCACGAAAGAUGCAUAGGAAAUUUUAUGUCCCCGGAAGAUCAAAAAGCAUCGAGAUCGGACAGCCUCGAUCACGAAUGGGUUUGCGUAGCUCCCGAAACGGAUUACAGCGGGUACGUUUAUUGGGGCGAAUAUCCUUUGAGCUUCGCUGCGUGUUUAGGGCAGGAAGAAUGUUACAGACUGAUACUUGCCAGAGGGGCAGAUCCCGACAAACAAGACACCAAUGGAAAUACGGUUCUACAUAUGUUGGUGAUCUACGAGAAGUUGACCACUUUCGAUAUGGCGUACGAGGUAGGUGCGUCGUUGGCGAUUAGAAACACGCAACAUUUAACACCGUUGACGCUGUCGGCGAAACUGGCAAGGAUCGAAAUGUUUUUCCACAUCUUAAAUAUCGAGAGGGAAAUUUAUUGGCAAAUUGGCAGCAUCACAUGCGCGGCUUAUCCCCUCUCGCAAGUAGACACCAUCGACGUUAACACCGGCAGCAUCAGUCACAACUCUGCUUUGAAUUUGGUGGUAUUCGGCGAAAAGGACGAGCAUUUGGAACUUAUGGACGGUAUCCUGGUUGAUCUGUUAAACGCCAAAUGGAACACUUUCGUCAAAUCUCGAUUUUAUCGUCAAUUUUUCCUCUUUUGUUUUUACUUCAUCUUGUCCUUGAUCAGCUUCACCCUUCGUCCUGGUCCAUCGGCUAUGCCAUCGAGCUCUACGACUACUCAAACUCCUCUCACAACCGUCGAAUCGUCGACUACACCGCACUCGUCUGAUCUUCUUUCGAAUUUGAUUCCAAUGACUGAUCGGAAAAUGUUUCAUAAUUUGAGUCCCUCGGUGUUUGUUAACGAAAUCGUAGAAAAUGCUUUAAUUUCUAAUUUGAAGUUCUCCUUGAAUGUAACAGCGUCUCGCUUGGACCAGCUAAAACUCGAUCUCGUAACCCACAUAAUGUCUAGUCUAAAAAAUCUUUUGACUAUUAUCGAGAACGAGACUGAAAGCCAACCAUUUAACGACUUUAGUCGGCAAUCUGCCGUAUUUACCGAUCAUUUGCACCACGAAAAUGAUACUAAUACGAGUACCUUCGUUACCAUUGAUUCCACAACCAAACUGUUAUUCGAUGAUGCUGUACUGCUCGAUAACAAUAAUAAGAGCAAUUGGUGGGACCAUCUUACCAAAGAAUGCCGACUGAUGCAACUGACCACAGUAUCUGCGAAUAUUCGAUUAAUCGCUGAAAUAUUCAUGGAAAUUGCGGCUAUUCUCUACAUUAUUGCAGCGCUACGAGAAGCCAGGUUUCUAGGUCUCAACAUGUUCAUCGAAAAUCUAAUGACUGCACCAUCGAGGGUAAUGUUUCUCUUCUCCUGCUGCAUAUUGUUGUCUUUUCCAUUUUUGCGAUUAUCCUGUGCCGACGAAAUGGAAGAUAUGCUAGCAGUAGUGGUAAUGUUAACCACAGCACCGUAUUUUUUAUUUUUCUGCAGAGGAUUUAAAACUGUCGGCCCUUUCGUUGUAAUGAUCUACAGAAUGAUCACGGGCGAUCUACUUCGAUUCGUAUCCAUCUAUUUGGUGUUCGUAAUUGGAUUCUCCCAAGCUUAUUACAUUAUAUUUUUAUCUUUCGACAAUCCUAAUACACCAGAAGGUGUGGACGAUUCGAUAAGCAAUCCAAUGCCAUCGCCGAUAGAAAGCAUCAUGGCAAUGUUCCUUAUGAGUAUGACGAACUUUGGGGAUUACUAUGGUGCGUUUGAGAGAACUCAACACGAAAUGGAAGCCAAGUUCAUGUUUGUUGUCUACAUGGCAAUUGUUGCUAUCUUACUUGUGAACAUGUUAAUCGCUAUGAUGGGGAAUACGUAUCAAAAAAUCGCAGAAACUAGGAACGAGUGGCAGAGACAAUGGGCACGUAUAGUUUUGGUAGUAGAACGAGGAGUAAGUCCACAAGAAAGACUUAAAAAGUUGAUGGAUUAUUCUCAACCAAUGUCAGAGGGUCGUAGAGCGUUGGUUCUUCGAUUGAAUCAAUCGGAAGAAGACAAGGAAGACAUGAAAGAAAUUUUGGAAAUGAAGAGGACCCACGACAAAUUGUGCAAGAAAAGGCAGCUAAAAUCAGCAAAGGAGAAAACUGUAACAAGAGAGGAUAAUAUUAUUGUAUAA